AUGGACGACCACUACCGUCACUUCCUGACGUCCGUGUCGGAAGUGCCGGGCUACUUCACCUCGGCCCCUGAGGAAGCCGACCUGUCUCCAGACAGUGGAAUUUCCAUGCCCGCGCGCGGCACCCCCUUGCCGGAUUCGCAUCAGAAUCUGGAGCACCCUGGAAACUUCCCGGAUCCAGUGUUUAUCAGCUCCUCCAGACCUUCAAAAGGACGAGGUCUGGCUGCUUUGUCUGUCGGAGCAGACGAGUCAAGUGUGACGAGACGCAUCCCGUAUGCCAGCGCUGCAAGAAAGGCAAUCGCGACUGUGUCUAUCCAGACCCUCCCGCUCCAAAGGGACUUUCGAGUCAGGACGUAUCAAAGAACAGCCUCCAUCUCCGGAGCGAUCUGGCUCACAAACGCUCGGGAUGGCGAAUAUGGCACCCGCCGCUUCGACCGCCGGGGCCACGGACGGGGGGAUUGGUCGCAUUUGCCUCCAGAUUUCCAGCGUCAUCUUAACUACUUCGUCGCGAACAUUACAAACUAUCACUACAGCAUAGCCAACGACGGAGACGAAUUCUUCACCGCCAUCUUGCCUACCAUGGCCGUCAAACAUGAGCCUCUGCUACACGCGGUAGUAGGCUUCUCUGCGUAUCACGCAAUGCUGCAGGACCCAGAUGGGCAGCUUCAAGACUUCCUCAAAUACUACAACGGAGGGGUCACUCUGCUGCUCGAGUGUCUGAAACGCAAGGAGGCUAAUAACGUGCCUACACUGGUCACCAUUCUGCAGCUGGCCACCAUGGAGGAGUUUCUAGGUGACUGGGUGAACCUAAUGGGGCACCAAAAGGCCGCGUUCGAAAUCAUCACGGAAAUCUUCGAGCCAGAAACAGUCAUGCACACGGCGGUGGGCAGGGCAUGCCUGAACUGGUACAGCCGAUAUGACAGCUACGUGGCUAUCAUGGGCGGCUUCCCCACGGAGCUAUCUCGCGAGUGGUUCGACUGCAUGACCGAGUAUAGCCAAUCUCAGGUCACAGCUAGCCCCGACGAUCUGCGCUGGAGGAUUGACGAUCGCUCCGCACGUUUGAGGUCCAUUUCGUAUGACAUGUCUAUGCUCUAUGCCCGGGGGAGCCGAGGGCAGAUUUCCCUCCAAGACUUUUGUCGCGAGCACCAACGAGUGACGCGCAAGCUGCACGAGUGGAGGAGUUCGUGGGAUCCGGCCUUGAUGGACCCCAAAUACCUCGUCACUGAUUUUUACUACCGGAAACCCCUUGACCCCGGAGACAUUGUUGAUCCUUACAAGCCCGGGGUCCUCUUUAAGCCGCCCCUUUUCACCACGACGCUGAUAGCCGCCGAAUGGCAUUCCAUCAUGAUUAUGCAUCUGUCUCAAGCGGCCAACAUGCCACCAAGCCAACUGUUCGUCAAGUUUGGAGAGCAUGCCUUUGCAGCCUGCCAGUACUUUGAGUCGGUGGAAUUCUGGCCCUCGAAGCCAAAGGGAUCCAUGGUUUCGUUGCAGCCGUGCAUCUCCAUUGCCGCACUGUUUCUUCCCCAAGACAGCAAGCAUCAGAUGUGGAUUCGCCGCAAGUUUGCUUGCCUGGACAUCCUGGGAUGUAUCCAUCCCACGACGCGUCGGAUCAAAAUGGCCAAAGUGUUCCGCGAUCCGUCGUGCGCGCACUGGUGGCUGCCCAAUGACGAGGGGUUGACGCCGGUGUUGCAGAGCAUCCGCGCCUUUGCCGACGAGCGAAACGCGGCGGCUGUGGAUGCCCAGGUGGAUAACAUCCGCGAAGUGAGGCACCUGUUUGCCAAGCUGGAGAUUGGCGCCCAGGACGACGACGCUGCGGGGAGUAAAGGGAGGAGUUCAUGA